ACUUAUUUUCUUUCCUUUCUGUGACUUCAACAUGCAUGACCAUUCCUCUCACUCACACCAUACAGCAGCCCCUCCAGCAGAUUCCCAGAACAUGUCAGGUGGCAUGCCGGGUAUGUCAGGUAUGCCUGGUAUGUCAGGUAUGCCUGGUAUGUCAAAUAUGUCAGAUAUGUCUGAUGGCAUGAUGAGUAUGUUUUUUCACACUGGAUACUCUGAAUACAUUUUAUUCAAAGAUUUACAUACAAAUUCAGUAUGGCAAAUGGUCAUUGCUUGUCUUAUCAUUUUCAUCCUUGCUAUGUGGUACGAAGGUCUAAAGGUAUUCCGGGAGCAAAUGCUGAGGAAAUCUAAUGUGAAAACUCGCUAUCACAGCAUGACAAUAGAACCAAGUUCAUCUAGGGAUACAAUAGUUACAGAAGAACAUAAAACAGUCGAGUCAUUCAGUGUAAAUCACCGACAAAAAUCUAGCAGUGCGGAACCUUCUGUAAGGGUUUGGAUAUUCAGUUUCUCUCACCUCAUUCAGACCGGGCUUCAUAUCUUGCAAGUAACAGUCAGCUACUGCCUCAUGUUGGUCUUUAUGACUUACAAUGUUUGGUUAUGUAUUUCUGUAGUGCUUGGUGCUGGCGCGGGCUACUUUGCCUUCGGCUGGAAGAGAGCUAUUGUGGUCGACAUUAACGAACACUGCCAUUAACCAUUAAAUAGCUUGACUGUCACUAUGGAAACAAACUUAUGUUUAAUGACCAUAAAAUCAAAAACAACAAACUUUUAUCAGCAAGUUUCUCUUUUCAAAAGGUGGGAGUGAUUUGUUCAUAGAAUUCAUUACAUUGCAGUUGGCAAAUACUUGAAAAUAUUUUAUCAGAAAAAGAUAUUUAUAUAUCUUUUUUAUUUUUUAGAGACUCCCUAGGGACCAUUUAUUUUUAGAUUUAUUUCUGUUUUAUUUUUCUUAAUAUCACACAUUUGCUUCUCUUAGAACAGAAAGCCAUACACACACACAUCUUUCAUUGAGUUUCUGUGAGAAUGAAAAUGUGGAAGAAAUUGCUGUUUGUCUGUUCUUGAGUUGUGACUGGAUAUGUUAUUUGGGGGACAAGGAAGCUUGCUGAAAUAUUUGUUAGAAUCCUUGGUAUCAAGAUUCCUAAAAUAUAUAUAUAUCUAUCACAUAUCAAACCUCUGCAACUAUGGGUUGUAAAUAAUAAAAGCUAUUAUUGAGCUUCCUCCGAAACAUUUUUUAUCAGAUAUAUCAGGCUAUCUUUAUGGUCAAUCAACCUACUAGAAGUAGCAGUUAAAAUCUCCCUCAAAUUACACUAUACAGUCUUUAAAGGAAAAAAAACACACUAGAUAAUGAUACUCCUAAAAAGACAGGAUGGUCACAACUGGAACAUUUUUGAUCAUAGGUCAGUUCAGUCUGUAUUAACCUAGAGCUAAACAACUAGAAACACAUUCAACAAAACACAUCUUUUGAUGCUAACUUGGCUUGAUGGUUUUAUUCUGAAAUUAAGUUGUUUGUGUAAAAUACUUGGAGAGAGAAAAGGAUCUUAGUUGCACAACUCCCUUGUAUUCAAUUAAGCUUCUUAUUCUGCUUCAUAUAUUCUCUUGAAGUAAAAUUAAAUGCAUGUGUAAUUUAACCCUUUCGUUACCAAACUGGCUGAAACCUCCUCUGGCUCUGUAGUACAAAUGUCUUGUUUUCAUAAGUUUCGAAUUAAAAUCUUCCACCAAACGUUA